AUGAACUCGACACUGGUCCACGGCUGGGUUGCUUCGCCAAAUGAACGCAGUACAAUCGAUAUCGUCUGGAGCUGCAUUGUCACCAUGUUUUUAUGCAGUUGGUCUGUUCUGUUUCUGAACGUGCCCGAUAAACACGACUUCCGGUCAUAUCUAGCAACAAAGCUCUCAUGGGUUGCCUUCACCAUCUUCUUUCCCGAGAUCCUAGCGUCAUUCGCCCAGGUCCAGUUUCUCUCCGCCCGAGACUCGGUGUCCGCAUUCACCAAACUCGGGUAUCAUGAUUGGUCCAUGACACAUGCGUUCUUCUCCGACAUGGGAGGCUUCAUGCUUGACCCUCCAGAUUACCCGCAAUUUCCCGUCAACGCCCAUCAGAUUCACUACCUUGUCGAGCACGGCUUCAUCGAUUUCCCCAGUAUUCAACGAGACACCAUCCAGGACAGGAACAAAGCAGACGCUUUCGUCCGUAUCCUUACAUCCAUCCAAAUACUUUGGUUCGCCCUUCAAUGUAUCGGCCGCGCCAUUCAACAUUUGCAUGUCUCUAUGCUCGAGCUGGACGUUGUUGCUAUCGUGUUGUGCACGUUUCCAACGUUUUACUUCUGGUUCCACAAGCCGUUGGACGUUGAUACGACAGUGACUCUAUAUCUCGAAGGAUCACUGGAACUGAAAGAUGUACUGGUACUAGCAGAGGGUGUAGCCAAGCGACCUUUCGAACUCACUCCGCUCGACUUCAUUAAUCCGCCUCCAGAUCCCUAUCAGAUUCUUGACCCUAUCAUGUGGGGCCUUGAGCACUUGCUUCGACUUGGUACAAACUCUGCAAAUGUGCCAAUCACACGAUUCAAGAACACGUCGCGGAUGAAUCCUGGGAAAGUGACGGUAUCCGAGUGGGCGAUCUCAACGAUCAUAUCACUCACGUUCAUUUGUAUACACUUCAUCGCGUGGGACUUCAACUUUCCAUCACCAUUAGAAAGAAACCUCUCGCGAAGUGCCUUUGUCCUACUCCUCGGAACUGGCUUUACCUUUGGUAACCUUUGGUUCCUGACUAUGUGGCAACUACCGAACCUUUGUCGUCAAUUAGGGAUACCGCAAGUUGACACUGUAACACAACUAAUGUACCAGAUACAUCCGAUUCUUCAGUACGCUCUAACUAUCCCACACUUUGGGGCAUAUGGACUUGCGCGGUUACUCAUCAUCAUAGAAGGUUUUGCUAGUCUAAGAGCGCUUCCUGCAAGUAGCUUUCGUGGAGUAGAGUGGUCCGACAUGUUUCCUCACAUCUAA